GAUCUCGGUAUUCCCGGUGUGCUCGGUACUUCGUAGCGUGGUUGAGUUGUGUCGAGGUCCCGUCGUUUUAUGUGUUGCAUUAAUGUAGAAAUAUUGCUUGUGCUUUGAUUUAACGGCUUUAAUUUAUCACCGGGGAUAAAAGUUCACGGUUAUCUGCGUUAGUUUUACGACCGAUUAAUGCAAUAGUUUUCCUUAUUAUCGCGUGACAACAGUUAAAACCUUUGGUUAUAUUUAUAUAUAGAUGCCAUGAGUCUUGAAGAUGUAAGAAGUGACUCGGAAGAAGAAGGUGACAAGUCUGGAAGUGCUAGUCCCGACUCACAAAGGUCAGCUAGUGUAGCAAGGAGCAGAUCGAGGUCAAAAUCGAAUUCCGUUAGUCCCAAAUCUUCACCAGCCAGGUCUAAUCCAUCAUCUCCAGUACGGAAUGGCUCACCAGCUUCUGUUCGUUCCAACGCUAGUUCCAGGAAAUCGUAUUCUAGAACACCAUCCAGAUCACCAUCGCCAAGUAGAUCCGUUUCAUCAUCAAAUGCAAAACGGGGACGAUCUAGAUCAAGCUCUAAAUCUGGUUACAGAAGAAGUACCUCAAGAUCACGUUCCAAGUCUCACUCUCCGGAACUUGCAGAGAAAGAAGCGAGAAACGGUUCGCAAUCGCCACAUUCUCAUCGCUCAAUAAAAUCGGGCUCACGAUCCCGAAGUUCUUCUCGAUCUGGAUCCAGGAAAAGCUCUCGCGCAGCAUCGAGGGACAACUCACGUUCCCGAUCUAGAUCUAAUUCAGAAAAGCCCGAUAACUCCCCGUCCAAAGAUGCCUCGCCGAAAGCCAACUUUCGAUCGUCUUCAAGGUCUCCCUCACUUCGGGCAUCUAAAUCACGAUCUCGUUCAAGAUCACGCUCAAGAUCACGUUCGAGAUCACAUUCUCGAUCUCGUUCCGUUUCCCCGAAAGAAACUGUCCACUCACCUUCCCCGCCUGGUACGCCCAAGUCUUCCCACACAAGAUCCAGGUCCAGAUCGAGAUCGGCUAGUCCGAAAAUCAAAGACGGCUCAAGAUCGAGAUCGAGGUCUCUGUCUGGAUCGAAGAAAGGUUCUCGCUCGCCUCCGACAUCGCCAAAUCGAUCUCCGGUUAGCACCAGACAAUCACGCUCGAGAUCGAGAUCACGCUCGAGAUCGAAAUCACGUUCAAGAUCUAAGUCACGCUCUGCGAAGGGUUCACCCGAGUCAAGGAAGAGCUCGCGUUCUAGGUCCCGUUCCAAUUCAGCAGAGAGAAAAUCUAAGUCAAGAUCUAGAUCAAGAUCUGGUUCCGGGUCUAGGAAACAAUCGAGAUCUCCGUCGGCGGAAGGUCGGGCUUUAUCGCGUUCUAAGUCCAGAUCAAAAUCCAGAUCCGUGUCUGGUUCGAGGAAGGGCUCGCGCUCAAGGUCGCGAUCCAGGUCACGCAAAUCUAGGUCAAGAUCCAAGUCGAGGUCCGUGUCAAGGUCACGCAAAGGUUCUGCAUCCCCGGCGCGCUCGGGAAGGAAUUCACGUUCCAGAUCCAGCUCGCGUUCCAGUAAAUCUAAGUCGAGGUCCCCCUCCGGCUCAAGAGCGUCUCGAUCCCGUUCUGGAUCUAGGAAAUCGCUGUCGAGGUCACGAUCGCGUUCAAGAUCGAAAUCUGGCUCAAGAUCACGUUCAGGUUCACGUCCAAGAUCAAGGUCGGGGUCUAGGUCGAAGUCGAGAUCGAAGUCGAGAUCGAAGUCGAGGUCUAAAUCACGCUCGAGGUCAAGAUCCGGUUCGGCAGUUAGGUCUAGGCACUCUUCGCGUUCCAAGUCGCGAUCUAAAUCUAGAUCGAGAUCAGGCUCCGGGUCCCGAAAAUCCAGAAGUCCUAGCAGAGACUCGGAAGGCGCUGUCAAGAAGCGAAAUAGAGUAUUAUCAGACUCGGAGGACGAUGAAGAAAACAAAGCGAAGAAACGAUCGAGGCACGGAUUGUCGGAUUCGGAACGUGAGGAUCGAGACGAUGAGGAUGGGAAGAAGAAAGGCGAUGACGCGGCUGACAAGGGGGAAGGUGAAGAUCGGGAACGGAAAGAAUUAGAUGAUGAAAUUGACGUUAACGAACAACAGGAUAAUGCAGAUUCCGACGAUGGAAUUAUUCAUGAUAGCGGAAUGAGCAGCAGAUAUUUGGAUGAUUCGAUGUCCGAUUUCGAGCGCAUGUUAGCGCGAAAGAAAGAAGAGCAAUCUCGUAGACGUAAGCGCAAGGACAUCGAUAUCAUUAACGAUAACGACGAUAUUAUAGCGCAACUGUUAUCGGACAUGAGAAGCGCGGCUGACGAAGAUCGAAAAUUGAACCAGCAAAAUAAACCUGCCACAAAUAAGAUUGCCAUGUUACCGAAAGUAUUGUCGCAGUUGAAGAAGCAUGAUUUGCAACUAGCCUUCCUGGAACACAAUGUAUUAUCGGUUCUCACCGAUUGGUUGGCACCGAUGCCCGAUCGGUCGUUACCAUCUCUCAAGAUCAGAGACAGCCUUCUGAAACUCUUAUGGGAGUUCCCGAACAUCGAGCAAGCUUCGCUGAAGCAGUCUGGCAUCGGGAAAGCCGUGAUGUACCUCUACAAGCAUCCGAAGGAAACAAAAGAGAACAAAGAGCGUGCUGGAAAGUUGAUCAGUGAGUGGGCCCGGCCUAUCUUUAAUUUGUCCACCGAUUUCAAGACGUUGUCCAAGGAGGAGAGAUUACAGAGGGAUCUGGAACAAAGGCCUCAGAAAAGAAGGAAAGCCGAUGACGCCGGGUCUUCCCAAAAGUCGCAAGAUAUCAAUAAAGCUAUGAAGGGAGACGCCAAACCACUGAGACCAGGAGAUCCUGGGUGGGUGGGGAGAGCCAGAGUUCCUAGGCCAUCUGACAGAGAUUAUGUUGUACGACCAGACUGGAAAACUGACAUUGACAUUACUAGGAGCACUAAGAAACCGAUGAGCCGGUUCGAGAGGCACAUGAAGAACUACAUGGACAGCAAACGAAUGAAGUCGGCGAGGAGAGCGGUGCAUAUAUCUAUAGAGGGUCGCAAGAUGUCUUUAUAACUGUUUUCCUUAAUCUUAUACAAUGCGAGAGGACAUUGAUGAAAAUUUUAAUAAUAUCCGUUAUCUCCCGAUUUACGACUGCACAGAAGCAAUACAGUGCAAUUGAUUUAGUUCGCGUUUCUUGCUAAAGUUAAACGACUGCAUACUUACGGACAGACAGGCGUGUUUGUAGCGGAAAUGUUUUUUUGUGACUUUUUCUUUUUUAACGAAGAAUCGGCAGUAAUUAUUGAAGUUUUGCCGCAAAGAUGUGAGAGGGAAAUGUAGUGUGAUAAAUUUAGGAAAUUGGUUUUUAGUUAAUUCCUACGAAUUAAAUCAUUACAUCCUACGUAAACAGCGAACGCGCAUGCUAAAAACACAUAAUUAGUAAGGAGUUUUUUAUUUGUAGCUUUUAUCUGAAACUAGGAUUAAUAAAAAAAAAGUUGCAUUUAA